CUCUCGGGUUGACUCAACUAUGAAAAGAGCUAGAGAUCAAUACAUCCUGGUAGUCCGGAAAUACAUUUAGGCAGGUGAAAUACUCUACCGCGGACCCUUCCAAAAUAUCCUUCUUCAAAGCGCUACAAAGCACGGUACAGGCUGAUGGAGGACCUCCCAGAGCCCAACCCAGUCCCCAGACUAACUACCAGCAAUCGAUUCCAAGUCCUCAUCACUUAUCUUUUCCGCAUACCAUGGGUCACUGUCACGACUCUUGCGAGGCGCUGGUCGCCGUUCAGCACAUACAAACCCCCGCCUCUGAGGGAGCAUCUGUUCCGACAUGUCAUGACCUGUAUCGGGAACAACACGCCUCCGGGUGUCGGAUGGAUCAUCGACCGCAAUGGCGACAAGCUCCUCAGCUCAACUCGCUACGCUCAUCUCAGAUCCCAGAUCUAUCGACCUGUCCGAACCCCCGAGUUCGCCGGUUUCUGGUUCUGCCGAGGGCUAUCCAGCGAGGUACUCGACCCGCAGACUGCAGAUCUUGUUCUCUACCAGAUCCACGGCGGUGGCUAUGUGGCCGGCCACCCGGGGGCCUCGGCGCCUGAGCAUCUCUUUGUCGCCGAGAUCCUGGCUCAGCAGGGGAUCUCGACCGCCAUUUUUUCGUUAGACUAUACGCUUGCGCCCAAAGCUACCUUGCCUACAUCGAUAAACGAAGCUGUGACUGCUUAUGACUGGCUGACUGGCCCUGUGAACAAGAUUGACCCGGCGAAAAUCUUCGUCAUCGGAGAGUCGGCAGGUGGACAUCUGGUGAUUUCUCUGCUGACAGCCCUUCAUGAAAGGUCAUCGAGGUCAUCAUCCUGCACUGGAAAGGAGACGCCUCCCAGCAGCACAAAGCCAGCAGCAGCGUUCCUUGUGAGUCCCUGGGUGAAUCUGUACACUUCUCACCCUCGAGUCCUAUCCUUAUAUUGGGAGGAACGUCUGUUCAAGAUAUCCCUUGACAAGAGCUGCGAUAUGGUGCUCAAGGGGACCCCAUCCGAGUUUGAAUCUGUCUACGGCAAUUUCGCUGUCGACAACGACAAGCGCGCUUCCUGGAAAGACAUCCUCCCGGCUCAGACAUGGGUUUCGGCCGGAUCCGAGGAACUCGUCUUCCGAUACGACAUUGAAGAUUUCGUGGACCAUGCGAAGCGCGACGGGGCUACGAUUUCGUUGGAUAUCAAAGAGGGUGCGAAUCAUACCUGGCAAUGUGCAGAGGCUUCUGCUCAGCAUUCCAAACUGCUGGCCAUGAAGCCGGGCGAGAUGGACAGCACUUUGAUGGCUGGGUAUCAAGCUAUCGCAUCGGCGAUGGCUGGGUUUAUCGGAGGUAGAAACAAUUAAUUGACGG